AUGAGAGAAAAAGUACUAUUUGAGUUUGUAAGUUUCAUUUUAAGCUUUCCAAAAGUAAUAAUUGGAGAAAAUUCUUGAGUUUCAAAAUCUUGGUGUUUCAGUAAAUUUAAAGCUAUUAGCUUGGUUUCAGAUUGAAUUUUGAUAUAUAAUAAUGAGAUUUUAUUAAAAAAUAUAUUUUUGAUAAAAUUUAGAACGCUUUAUUUUUUCGCAAUAAUUCCAAUAAGGAUUUAA